UUCCUGAAGAAUUGUCCAAGGCUCCUUCUGCAAUAAUGGCCAAGCUGACAGCUGUUCCUCUCAGUGCUCUUGUUGAUGAGCCCGUGCACAUCCGGGUCACAGGCCUGGCCCCCUUUCAGGUGGUGUGCCUUCAGGCAUCAAUGGAAGAUGAGAAGGGAAUUCUGUAUAAGUCUCAGGCCUUCUACAGGGCCAGUGAAGUGGGUGAGGUAGAUCUGGAGCGUGAUUCCUCACUUGGAGGAGACUACAUGGGGGUCUACCCCAUGGGUCUUGUCUGUUCCUUAAAACCUGAAAAGCCAUUGAGUAGAUUGGCAAAAAGAGACGUGAAUAUCCCCUACCUACUCCACAUAAAACUUUGCCAUCCAUACUUUCCAGUACAAGGCAUAGUGGUCAGUCCUCCAUUGGAUAGCCUGAUUCUGGAAAGGUGGUAUAUGGCACCUGGUGUCACGAGGAUCCAGGUAAAGGAAGGCCGCAUCCGGGGAGCCCUGUUUCUGCCUCCAGGAGAAGGCCCUUUCCCAGGGGUCGUUGAUUUGUUUGGAGGCACUGGUGGACUGGUUGAGUUCCGGGCUAGCCUCCUGGCCAGUCAUGGCUUUGCCACCUUAGCUCUGGCUUAUUUUGGCUAUGAUGACCUGCCCUCUCGACUCGAGAAGGUAGAUCUAGAAUAUUUUGAAGAAGGUGUAGAGUUUCUCCUGAGACAACCUAAGGUCCUGGGCCCAGGUGUUGGCAUUGUUUCUGUAUGCAUUGGAGCAGAGAUUGGACUUUCUAUGGCUAUUAACCUAAAACACAUAACAGCCACUGUACUUAUAAAUGGGCCUAAUUUUGUUACUUGUAAUCCACAUGUAUAUCGUGGUCAGGUCAUUCCACCUACACCCAGCAAUGCAGAAUUUGUAACCACCAAUGCCAUGGGACUUGUAGAGUUUUAUCGAACCUAUGACGAAACUGCAGGUAAGAAUAGCAAAUAUUGGUUUCCCAUUGAAAAAGCUCGUGGACAUUUUCUUUUUGUGGUGGGAGAAGAUGAUAGAAAUUUCAAAAGCAAGCUUUAUGCUAAUCGAGCCACAGCACAGCUGACAAAAAGUGGGAAGAAGAAUUGGACUCUGCUGUCUUAUCCUAGGGCAGGCCACCUGAUUGAGCCUCCCUACUCCCCUAUGUGCAUAGCCUCAAGGUCACCUGCUGUGACCCCAGGCAUCUACUGGGGAGGAGAGGUUAUCCCACAUGCAGAUGCACAGGAGCAUGCUUGGAAGGAGAUCCAGAAAUUUCUCAAGCAGCAUCUCAUUCCAGAUUUGAGCAGUCAGCUCUGAGUGAACGUGAUUGUAUUACUGGAAAGUGGAGCUGGGCAUCUCCUGGCCAGCACUACUCCUCAUUUCUAUAGAGCAAUGCCUUGGAUCUCUUAUCAGAUGAAGAAGGAGAGUACCACAAGAAAAUGCAGGAGGGCAUGGAGUGAUAACCUCUUGACUUUGGAAGAGGAAACAUGCUUUCCAUGGAAUGAAAUGACAUGCAAUGAGA